AUGAGAACUUCAUCAGUUGCAAAGUCAGCUACUUUAGUUGCCGCUUCUUUAUCUUUGGCCAAUGCUGCCUCAUCUGUCACCACUACCACUUUAACUGCUAACAGUGCUAGUGUCACUCCAUUUGUCGGUUCAGAUAUCACCACUACCUGGCCAUCAACUAUCUUCAGUGACUUGUACACCUCUGUUGACAACGAAACUUACGGUGGUUUCGAAGAAAGCAGACCAUUGAUCCAUGCUACCCCACCAAAGGGUUGGAUGAACGAUCCAAACGGUCUAUGGUACGAUGCCAGUGAAGAACUUUACCACAUGUACUACCAAUACAGUCCAAAUGAAACUUACUGGUCCUUGCCAAUUGUCUGGGGUCACAAGACUUCUAAAAACUUGACUGUUUGGGAUGACGCUGGUAUUGCCAUGGCUCCAACUGAUAACACUACUGGUUUCUACUCUGGUUCCGUUGUUGUUGAUUACAACAACACCUCUGGUUUCUUCAAUUCUACUACUGAUCCAAGACAAAGAGCUGUCGCUAUCUUCACUUACAACACUCCAGAAGCUGAAGUUCAAUGUGUCGCUUACUCUUUAGAUGGUGGUUACACUUUCAUCCAAUACGAAUCCAACCCAGUCUUGUCUAACAACUCUACUCAAUUCAGAGAUCCAAAGGUUAUCUGGCAUGAAGAAUCCCAAAAGUGGAUUAUGACUAUUGCCAAGACUCAAGAAUACAAGGUUUCUAUCUACUCUUCUUCUGACUUGAAGGACUGGACUUUAGAAUCUGAAGUUGAAAAGGUUGGUGUUUUGGGUUACCAAUAUGAAUGCCCAGGUUUGGCUAGAAUUUCCUUACCAAACGUCACUUUAGCUUCUGGUUCCUCCAACAUGACUGUCCCAUACCCAUCUACUUAUUCUAACGGUACCGCCACUCCAACUGAUGCUUGGGUUAUGUUCAUCUCUGUCAACCCAGGUGCUCCAAACGGUGGUUCUUUUGUCCAAUACUUCAUUGGUGACUUCAACGGUACUACUUUCACUCCAUUCACUGAACAAACCCAAACUUUGGAUGAUGGUGAAGAUUACUACGCUUUACAAACUUUCUUCAACUCUGCUGACAACUCUACCUUAGGUGUUGCUUGGGCUUCCAACUGGAAAUACGCUCAAAGUGUCGACACUUACCCAUGGAAGUCAUCUAUGUCUUUAGUUAGAAAGUUCACUUUGGACUACUUCCAAGCUAACCCAGAAUCCAAGAUCUUAAGUUUGAAAUCUGAACCUUGUGUUGAUUACGAUGUCUUUGACUUGAAUGCUGGUACUUUGUACACUUUGAACAACGCUACCGACGACUUCAUGCAUGCUAAGAUUACCACCAACUCUUCUCAAGGUUUGUUAGAAUUCAACAUGACCUGGUCUGUCAAUGCUUCUGCUUAUGACAAUUCCGAAGCUGCUGAUUUAUCCUUAUACUUAAGAGGUAACCAAUUUGAUGAUGAAUACUUGUGGUUAGGUUACAUUGCUAAUGCUGGUGCCUUCUACUUGGACCGUGGUAACACUGGUAGUCCAUUCACAGCUACCUGUCCAUUAUUCAACACUAGAACUGCUGUCAAUGUUCAACCAUGCGAAUAUGUCUCUGACGAAAUCACUACCUACAAGGUCCGUGGUAUUGUUGACAGAAACAUCAUUGAAUUAUAUUUCAACGAUGGUGCUCAAGUUUCUACCAACACUUUCUUCUUCAUGGAUGGUGAUUACAUUGAAACUUGUGAAUUAAAGGUUAACAAGAUGGGUGUUUUCAGCAUCGAUGAAUUCUCCUUCAGACAAUUAGCCUUGAAGAAAUAG